AUGGCUACUAAAUUCAUCACCCUCGCUCAAGUCCACCGCCCCAAAAUCUCAAUUUCGACGCGAAAAGCUCGUAGAUGCAACCAAAACAAGCCCCAAUCAUCCAAAUCCACAAGCGAGAACAUGUUCAAGAAUGUUUUUCCUGGCAAAACGCUUACGGAGAUCUUUCAAAAUGACCUAAACAGUUCAGACCCUCUUACUAAUUCACUACUCUUCAUAGAACAUCAGCCAGAUAAAGAAGAGGAGUUGACUCAACAAGAACACGGGCAGGUGUCCAUAUGCAAUCGCAAAGACGAAAGUAAGUCGCUCAUCGCCAUGAAAGACAGAGAUUUGAGACGUGAAGUUGCUCAAUUAAGCUUGUUGUGGUACAUGAAAUGUUCCAUAAGCUUUAUAUUAAGGAAGGCAAGAGCGUUUUACAAUGAGUUUUCUUGUGAUACUUCUGCUGGGAGUAGCACUAUGGUUUUGGUCGAUCCAUAUUUUUCUGUUCCAGUUCUACCCUACAGUAAUUAG